CAAAAAUAGACGAAGUGGAAGUAAGAAGAGCAAAGGACUGGAUCAGUCAAUACUAUGCUCUGCAACAGAGUAAAAAACUUGCUCUCAAUGACUGGUUCCGUUUAUCUUUUGGGCACAGGCGUUUGACUGCCACCCCUGUUGUGCAAAAAUUCGAGAACACGCAUGCAUCCAGUGACGAGGUCUCUGACGAGGAAUCUGAUGAACUAUCCAAUUCUGAUACCGAAGAAAAUAAUUACCAAGACGACAUCUGUCUUGGUCUAUCCUAUCGUCGGGGCCUCAGGAAAAGCUUUUUUGCUAAGUCACGAGAUCUCUUGCUAUUGGAACUAGGUGGAACUCGUUGGGAUUCCCUUAUAAUCCCUUCAUCCAUUUCGGUGCACCAAUUGGAUCGCCUUAUUUCUUCGCAUGAUAUCCAUAAUCUCCAAAAGUCGGCGUCAGAUAUCCUUGCUCGAUUGAUUUCCCUUCGUUCUUGCCUACCUCAUCAUCCGGAAAAUCUUGAAGUUGUCGACGAUCUUGGAGGUCGUGAAGGAGUGGAGCGUCUUCUUGGGUCACUUGACGAUAUCUUAGUAAACUGCGCUAAUGGUUUUGAACCAAUUGACGAUUUCUAUUCAAUCUUUCAAAGGCUUCAAAAUCGUAUCGAAGAGAUUAAAGUCUCGUACUGUGAGAGCUCAAUGGCAGGCACACUUCUAACCUGCUCUAGUCAGGUGAUGUGGAAGUUAAAGGCUUCGCGUCAAAGAAUAGCUACACUGGCCUCUACAUGCGUUCAGCAGUGGAUUAGGUUCUCAGAAACCUGUUUAAGCCUCUCAACCCAACCUUCAGAAGGCCUUAACCAACUUCUCCAAGCAAAUUCUUGUUAUUUUCCUUCUGAAUCGCGAGCAUUUGAUCUGCCAAGGGUUUUGCUUGAUUCCCGCUCCCGAUUGGAGGAAAUAGCCUGUCGUUUGGAUCAGCGUAUCCCACAUGCAUGCAUUACAGUCACCGAGGAUGUCAUUGCCCAACAAAAAUUGCUUCAGAUAGCAGCAGACGACUUCCUGCAAUGUUGUCAGAAGAUUAAUUCACUAACGUGCCCUAAUACGACCCUCCUCUCCGGUCUCCUCUCCGUAGCUGAGUCCAUUUCUACUGAGGUUAAGAUUUCCGGUGAUCUGCUCGCCCGAUCUGUGUCGAAUUCCACUACCUCCACCUCCUUUGAACACCACAUGAAUUGUCUUAUUAACAAAAUUUUGAUCUGUCUCCAGGAUCUUAAACAUAUUGAUAAAGAAGUUGAAGAGGAGAGAGGCAUGAUUAAUAAACUGACAAACUGUUUCUCAACUCUGCGAACCACUUGCACUCCUAGAUUAAAGAUUCUCGUCAUCAGUCUUGAACAUCUCACUCCUACCUCUUUUGAUGAUAUUUCCUACCUUCAGUGCCUUUUUCCUCUUCUUGCUUCCCUUCUCAACGCCAUGGCUUUUCGUCUCCAACACCUUUUUGCUCUCCUAAUUUCCUGGCUCAACCUCGGCGAAUUUCUCGCCCGCGUGACCUUCCAUCUUCUUAACGACGGUUUCUGCAAACCUACAGCUCUUUCCACAGUUGCAGCAAAUGAACAGCUUACGAAAGGGGAACCUUCAGCUGGCGACGGAGCCACUGGUGCCGAGAAUGACAAAGGUGAUGGUUGCACGAGUCUAAACGCAGAGGGUGUUGACACCAGUGGUGCUAAAGACGUUACCAAGGAUCUGGAAUCCCAAGAGCAAAUUGAGGGUACUAUUGAUCAACAAGGUCAGGUAUGUAAGAAUGAGAUGCUGUCUCAACAUAAUUGGGGGGAAGAGGGAAUCGAAAUGCCUGAUGACUUGGAUGGAGUAUUGGACGAUGGUAGUGGUUGGGAUGGUAAGGGUCCUGAAGCUGACGAAAAUGAAGAAAAUGACCUUCAGGACAUUGAUAACCAGAUGGGUGAGACCGGUGACGAGCCAGACGAAAUAAAUAAGGCAAUGUGGGCUUCCGAUGGCGAACAGGAUGAUGAGGACGAGGAAGAAGAGCGCAGAAACGCUGAUCUGGAUGAAGGAGGAGUCGAGGAUCGAAGAGGUUCUAAGUCAGAGCGCUCAAAAUCAACAGCCGUGAAUGCGAAAUCAGAAAAUGGUAAUGACAGGUCUUGUGAAGAUGCAGUGCAUUCUGACGAGGAGUGUGGAGAAGUUAACGAUGCUACCGAUACAAACACCACCGUUCAUGAUACUACAGGGGCGAUGAAACCUAAUGAAACCAGGACGGUUGCAGGUGAUGAGGAAGAGAAUGAGAGUAGCGCUUCAGAGGCACCAAAGCAGACGGAAGAGAGGCUAGCUCAAGAGGAGGCCAAGCUGAUAGGAACCGAGCAGGCGGGUGAGGAAAAGUGUGAAGACAUGGUGGAGGAUUUUGGUGAAAACAUGGAACUUCAACCGAAUACCGAUGACUUGGAAGAUAUAUCUGGUGAGUUGUGUACAUCUGUUAUUGACUUGUAA